AACAAACGUUUUCAGUGCACAGGUAUGACUGUAUUAUGUUUAGCACAUUUUGAGUUUAAAAUUCAAGCCUGGCUGGUCCUGUUUAGGACAUUGUAAAAUGGCUCAUAAAUUCCAGGAGCAUCACACCUCCUACUCCAUUCACAGACUCACUGCCUUGUAGUCUUUAGAGGAACAAAAAGCUGCAAAUUAACCCUUUAACCAAAAAAGACACAUUGUUAAAUAGGCAUAUGUUAUAGAAAAGCCCUGACACUUUCCAGCAUGCCUGUUUGGUGUUUGCAUUUGUAAUUCAGGAGACAUCCCCAGCCAGACUGCAAGUGUAUUUUACGUUACUUGGGGUAAGUUUCCCUUGCACAGACUGACGGAAAAUCCUCGCUCCUGACUUUGCUCUUACCGGGCCAGUAAAUAGUGAUUCAGCUCGCAUGUAAGAGGCUGCAGUCAGCGACUCAUUUUUUCCGACGACUUCAGGCACCGGAGGAGCGUCGCAACACUCACAAGACUGCUUCUUCGCUGGGGUUUCUUUGCAAGCCGGUUUGGAGAUGCUCCUGGGAGCAGUGAGCAGGGCCGUGCUCUGCCUGUCCUGCUCCCUCCUGUUGGGGGUCUGCUUCCCAGCAGAGGGUGCAGGGGCAGCAGGGCCUCUUCCUACUUUUCCCCCUGAACAAGAGUCUGGGGAACCAGACCUUGAGGACUGGGAGUGGGGCUCUGGAUCAUCUCUUCUGCACCUGCUCCACAGCUUCCCUGCUGACAGCCCCUUCGUAACAGAGACCCCAGGAAAACCAGUCAACUGCACCCAGCGCUUCUGGUUACCACCGUCCUCUCCAAUCUGCUGGGAAAACAUAGCCGGACCCGAGGAGUUCGCCAGGUCCCGUCUGCUUGUUCUCCAGAACAGGGCUGCCCUGCAAGCUGUGUCCACCUCCAGCGGGAUGGAGGAGGGAGGGAGCUCCUACGAGCACCAAGCCAGAGAGGAAGUCCAGGGGAUCCACGCAGACCACCAAAGUGUGGUGGAAACUAUGCAGACCAUGGAGAAGGUGUUUGUCUCUCUGGAGGAGAAGAGGAAAGAGGGGAAGGAGCAGGGAAUCCUCACGAGCAUGAAGGAGCAUCUUGCUAACACAAGGGACGCCAUAGAUGGAAGAGAGCAUAUGGCAAACGUCCUGGAGAACCAUUUUUCUACUUUAGAGAACACUCUGCUUAACAUGCAGCUUCGACUUAACAAACUCUUCCAGUGACGAUGACACAGACCUGUUGCCUCUUUUUCUUCCCUUAUUUGAGCUGUAUUUAAAUAUCCAUGUAUUGUACAACCAUGUAGCAACUGCAUGCUCAGGAUUAUGUUAGUCUGUAGUAUGAGGACGAAACACACUUACUAUGCACCUUCUGUCAUCAAAACACAUACCAAAGUAACAUGUGUAACCUGGAGUCAGCAGAGAUAAAUAAACCUACAUUUGAUGAACA